UUCCUUUUAUUCCGACCGAGAGCAGAGCGAGCGGACAAGUUCAGGGGAGCGACAGAGGAAAAUUUGAGAGCUCCAAUCUUGAGCCCUAGUGAUCCAAAAAUCCUGAAUUUCUUGAAUUCCCGAUAAGCCAAAUUAGGGUUUCGGAGUAUCCGGAAGCCGGAUUGAGCCCAAAUUUCAUAUACGAGCUUCCUGCAGCGAGG